AGGAAUUUGUGAAGAGAUUUGCUCAAAAAACAGAUCUCUUGGCUAGAACUGUGAUUGAUGUUCUCAACAUGUUUGAACAAGCACCAAGAAACUUAAUUCAAACAGAGAAGUUCAUGAAGAUGCAAGAAGCUGCGCAACAGUUGAUUGGAGUAGGGAAGAAGAAGAGAGUGGUGGAUGCUACACGAGAAACGGAUGCUAGAAGUACUCGAGAGACAGAAGAUGUCGCGUUCUGGGCUGAGACAAUAAGUGCAACUGAGAGGUUGGAAAAUGCAAAUGCGAAGAAGUCCUUGUACGAGAAAGGAAUUGAAGAGAUGCCAACCUUUUCGAUUGGGCUAACACAAGAAAUAGAAAGACCAUUUGCAACCGUAUCAGAACGAUGUGCUGAAAUAGAAAAAGUAGUGAAUGAAGAUGCGCAAGUUGAAGAACAAGAUGAAGAGCACGUUGUUGUUGGGAAUGUGACAGAAAACGAGAAGGAUGUAGAAGUUGUUGCUGAGUUGCAGAAGCAAGAGGUCAAAAGGAAGGGUGCAAACCAUGAUUUGGUUUUAGGUGAGAAAAUGACUUAUUUGAGGCCAAGAAGGGCAGAGAAGGCUGCAAAAGUAUUAAAAUCUUCGUACAUGGAAAGAGUUCUAGACACUAAUGACACAUCAAACUCAAAUGAGAAAGUGAUAUGGAAAUGGGUGAUGCAAGAUGCUCCUGAUAAGAG